AUGCGUGAAGUUGUUUUGGUGAAUAAACUUAUGACUGAAUCAAGACCUCAAACAGCCGAUGUAACACUCAGAGAUAAAGGCCAGAUAAGCCAUAGAAGACACACAGAUGGUAUACCAGCAGAUGAAUAUAAUGCUUUGUGGAAUGAUAUUGAGCAGAUACUUCAUCGACUUAGUCCUCCAUCUUUGAAAAUUCAGCAAACCAUUGACGAUAUAAAAACUUGUUCUCUAGAUCCAGAGAGGGAGAGAAUGGUUAAAGAAGAAACAGAAAAGUUGGUUUACGAAAAUUUAAGUGAAUAUAGCGAAGUCGUCUCUGCAAUGCAGACAGAAGUAGAAAAAUACCAAAUACACAAGGAUGGAAGAUGUUUAACAAGGUAUCAAAAAGAAUCUUUCAACUUUGAUGGUCGAUUAAUACAACUAACAGAAAUACAGACUGAUGUGUUAGAAAAAUCAUUAAAUGAGAAGGCUACAGGAGAGGGGGCUUUUGGUCAAGUAUAUCGUAGCAAUGAUUCUGAAAUAUUUGGAAUUCCCGUCGCGGUCAAAAAGAUACAAACAACGGUCAGUGCACGAGUACAAAAACACGCCCGAAUGGAAAUGAUGGCAAAUAGACUCAUGAAUCCAUUUAUACUCCCGCUGAUAGCUUUUGCUAAGAAGUCCAAUGGAGAGACUUGGCUUAUUACUCCCUAUUGUGAAAACGGUGAUCUCGAAAAAGCUAUUAAAGAAGGUAAAGCAAGUGAAGAUAAGAUAAAAAUCAAUAUGCAGAUGACACGAGUAAGGAUAGCGCUGCACAUUGCAUUAGCAAUACAGUAUAUUCACACUGAAGUCCCAAAUGUUAGGGGUUCUAUUCUUCACAAAGACAUAGCAUCUUCAAAUAUUGUGUUGGAUAAAAAUCUAAAUGCACGUCUUAUAGACUUCGGAUUGGCCCGAGAAAAGAAUGAUCCAUCACAAACCUACUCAGUAAAGGAAGGUUAUAUACAUUCUCAAAAAGGCCAUGGAGAUUCCAUUAAAGAAAGCGAAGAUUAUUAUAAAUUUGGAAUAAUUAUUUUAGAACUGUUGACAAGCCUUGGACCUUUAGGAGAAAACCGACUUUACUUAAAGAACAUGAAAGAAGAACAGAUAAGAGAAAAAUUUGAUACAGAUGUUUGGGCCAAUGAGGAAAUAAGGGAAAAGCUAUAUGAUUUAUCCAAGAAUUGUUUGAAGGAGUUUAAAUGGACCAUUGAAGAUUUUGCAACAAAUGUCAUUGAACCAUUACAAGAAAUUAUUAGGGCAGAAGGAAUUGAUAUAUAUGAAAAUCAAGAAGAAGCAUGUCAUCAUUGCGUCAUAAAUCCAAUCGGUAAGUCUUUUAAAAGGGCUAUUGUGCCUCAGAAACGAUUUUGUUUCUUUAAAAAGGGCAAACAUUAGUUAAAUAAAGCCUAAAUAAAAUUAUUUUAAAGGCAUACUGUGCUUUUGUUUCUAACAUGAGUUCAAUAAUGGUUUUCGAGCAUGUUAGAUGUUUAUUACCGCAUCCCCUCCCCGCAGAAGGGGGAUAUUGUUUUGAUGUUGUCCGUUAUUGCUCUGAAUAUUUAUCAUGUCAUAUCCAGUUGUUAUGUUAGUAAUAACAAUAACCAGUACUCGGCGGGGGAUAUAAAUUCAACGAAUGUCCUUGUCAUUUGUAGAAAGAGGCCGUAAUAUUUAAUGUUUGAUAUUAAAUUAGCAAAAUUUCAUCUAAGUAGUACUUUUGCUUCCAUACAAAAUACUAAAUCACUGCUAUUGAAUGCGUAUAUAGCAACAAAUUACAGAAGAGGGUAAAAGUAAUUGGCUACUAGUUGAAGUUUGGAAACAGGAACCAAAUUAAAACUUUUAGGAAAUAAGAAUAAACGCAUUCCUGAAAUAGCAGGCCUUUAACAAGCUAAAUCUUAUAGAUCGGUACGUUCCAGUUACAUAUUGCAUUGUUAUAAUGUUCCAAAAUUACAAUAUCAUGAAUUCAUUAUACUGUACAGGUCUAAGUAAACCAAGUGACCCCAGGGUGAGACCAAUUCAAAUAACUUUUGUAGAGAUGCAUUU